AUUCAGAGUUUUGUGUGAAAUGUAAAGCAAUAAUGCAUUGAAAUAAUGAUAAUAAGGAAACCACUAAUCAAUGCAUUAAUUGUUAUUGAAUUCAAUUGAAUGACAAUUCACUCAAUUGUGUCUCAAAUGUCCACAACUUAGACAUCGCUCACCGAUUAUGGCUAAAAGUGAGACAAGAAUUGGUUUAUUGUCUGUCAAUGAAUCCAAUCAGAAGAUGCGGAUUAUUGUCAACGGAAAGCAACUCAUAAUACAAGAGAUGUGUGUUAACAAUGACCCCAAUUUGCUCACCAUUGGAACCGAUGACCACAACAAUGACCACAACUCUCAACAGCCGAAUCUGAGCUCACGUUUAGUGAAUAUACACCGAAACGAGUCGUUAGGUUUGGGUCUAUCAAUAAAAGGCGGUUCCGAACACUCGCUUCCGAUCCUCAUCUCAAGAAUU